UUUUGAGUGUAGAGCAGGACUCAAACUAAGCCACUUGACCCAAAGGGGAAGGAAGAGCUCUCCGCAAACGUUUCACAAGAAGUCACAAGAUUUCAGCUCUGGGGACAGAGGGCAGCAUGGUCACACAAUCAGACAUGAUUACUCUGGCCGUUCCUCUCCUCUUCCAGCUCUCUGUCUCUCUGGUCUGCUUGGCAGAGAGCCGUAUGCUCUGCCGCACGGUGAUCAGCCAGCCAGAUGAGGUCACAGCGUUCACUGCAGCCCGCGCCACCAUCCUGCCCUGCAAUGUCACCCACCGAUGCCCCAACAUGGCCUCCCGCAUCCGUUGGUUUGUGUUCCGCCGCGACCAUCACGAGGAUAUCCGCGUUCAGCCCCCCAAAUACAGCACAGACGGCAGGGCUCUCACCAUCCACUCCCCCCAGACCAACGACAGCGGGGUGUACUACUGCUCCACCGCCACGCCCUCCACCACAAGGGUGGUGGUGCCCAGCAUCGGCAACGGAACACGCCUUGUGGUGAGAGAAAAACCUAACACCACCACCAUGACAGCACUGCUGUGGACGCUGUUCGCUGUCCUGGCUCUGUACAGCCUGCUCAUUCUCUCACUACUCAUCUGCAAGAAGACCAGAAGAGAGAUCUUCAGCAGUAAAAGGAGGAACACGCCAGAGAAGAGAGGCUCCACCAGGAGACUGCAUUUCCACGCGGUGGUGCAAGAACUGUACGGGAAAGGGAACUUACGAAGCGCAGGCCAGAACACCGCACACUCUCACCACGGCAGGUUUGAGAAUCCCCACGCCUACUCACCAGAUGAGGAUGUGUACCAGAACAUGUGAUCGGCUCGUGCAAAAGACAGUGUAUUCCAAAACUCUAAGCCUCACUACUGUCUGACAUCAUCAUGGCAACAGAGGAAAGGGAUGUGCAGGGAGAAAGAGAUGUGGUCUUCUAUCUUCAUAAGCUAACCUGCACCGGGUACAGAGGAUGAUUAGAAUCGGGUAUAGAGCGAGACAGAUGGAAUAUGAGACUUCAACCCUUCUGCUCACAAAAUGGUGUCUGUAUCCAACAACCCCUCAGCAUGGAUCACCUUGGUCCCACCGGAAGCUAAUACACACAGAGACCUUAAAACCAAUCAAUGCUCAAGCCAAACCCCUGAGAGUGGAGUGACAGCUCUGAGAACCAUUCAGGACCAAUCAAACACAAUGGCGGACAGCAUGAUAAACCUGCCCCUGGUGCGCUCCUGGAGAGCCACCAGCAUCCUCAGCAUCUGAAUAAAAGGAGGUAGGCUAGUUAAUCUGCUACCUGCACAUCUAUUAUAUUUAGCUACCAAUCUAGUUUAACUAGCUUUGUUUAAAAGGAAGUCAAAUAGCCACCUAAUUAUGGUCUCAAAAACAUUUUUCCAUAAGAAUGGGACUAUUGGAAUAUUGAGUAAUGUCAUAUUGCAAAGCUGGUAACUAAUUUGCUAGUGCUUGAAAUAAUAAACAUUUUAUCUGAUUUCUGAAUUGAAAAGCAACUAUCAUUACCAUUUUCUUACUCUACCUCAGAAGCUACAGGCUGUCAUUUUGCUUUCCCACUAGCUGUCAUCAGACGUCUAUGCCAAUACUUCAGUUAUUAAACACAAUGUUUAUAUUCUGCACUCACCAUUUAAUACAUGCUUAAAGUGCACGUAUGUUGGGGUUAUCUGCUUUUUUCAAUACAAUAUUUAUACUUAAAAAUGCAAGAGUUCAAUCUGGAAUGAGCCAUAGCUCGAAGCUGCCUUUUCCCCUGCUGAUAGAUGUUUCCCCCUCAGUGUUAACCUCAGAUCUUAACUGAUGUUUGCUUGUUUUUUUAUUUUUGGUCUAUUUUUGUCUUAUUAGCUCGAUUUGUUACGUUGUUGUCAGUUGUGCAAAAUAAGUUAAAUCCGUCUGUGUAUAGUGUAGCACGUGGAUACUAUUGCACUUGCUUGCUUAGACAUGCUUUCCAUGCGUGCAGUUGAUGUUCCACUCAUAUUCACGUUCCUUCCCUUUCACUCUUCCUGUAUUACAUCAAUUAACUCUUUUGAAUAAACAUUGCAUUGCACUCUCAA